AUGGGUGGUGGCUUCGAAUUCAACAAUGACGGCACACAGUUUGUCAAGCAAUCUGGCGUGGAAGCGGUGCCGGUGUGGGUUGUCGGCAUGCUUGUAGUGGACUAUUGUGGAAGCGGUGCCGGUGUGGGUUGUCCGCAUGCUUGUGGUGGACUAUUGUGGAAGCUGCCAGAUCUUAUCCGAAAGCCACGACGCUUGAAGACAAGGAGAAGAUCUGUGGAGAAGGUUCAGGAAUGA